AUGGGGGAUCCAGCAGUGAAGAAUUGGCUAACGCAAGAUUGCGUGCUCGUACGCUUCAUGGAUGACCCUGCAUUGCUUCACUGGAAACUGAUCCUGCUGUGCCAUCAAGGUGAUGAAGUUACGGUGGCCACCCCUGAUAGAGAUGUUCAAGAUACUACUCUCUUAGUUGGGGACACCUAUACUGAAGUAAAACGGAUGAGCAUGGGAAGGUUGCCAGGUGGUGUUAGGGAAAGAGACACUUAUCUCCCAAAGCAUUCUCCCGAUGGCGACUUCUCCGCGGAUGAGAUCAGAACUCUGGUGCGGCUAGCAGAGAGAGCACGGCAAGCCAGACAUGACCGAAGACGAGCUUCACGUCUACCCGGAGGUGCACCAGCACGCGAAAAAAACCCUGAGGAGGCCGCAGUUGUGGAUGAUGACUCUCUGCAUAUUGUGGUCUAUAGCUCGGGUGGCAGUCACAUUGGCGAUGAAGUUGAUGUACCUAGUGCAGCAUCUCAGGUGAUUUUUGGGGGCAGAACUUUUCACAUGUUUUCGCUUGGAGGUGAGGAAGUUUUGACCAGGGCUGUCAAGGGUGAUGAAAUCGCUGCUUUGCAGAGGAGCCUCAAGGGCGUGGUGGCCAAAAGCCAAAAAAGGGAGGACCAAGAUGUCCGCAUCCUCCCGGCGGUCCCGGACAUGGAGGAGAUUGAGUACGAUGAUUUCCCUUUAGCUGGGCCUAGGACCAUCAUGCGCGACAUGCGACAAUUGAGGCGCUUGAGCAUGGACUUCAUCCAGCACCACGAGUCAUGGCUCAAGAAGAGUGGUGUUCGUCACAGUGACAGGAGUGUCCAUGAGCAUGCGGCGAUUUGCAGGAGCCUUAACUAUUUGGUAUGCUAUGAUCAACUGAAUGCUGGAGGGUUGGCGUGUGCUGAAAGCAUGAACAGGCGUCGGACUUUGAUCGAACAUGCACACCAAGGAAGGCCAGACACCCCAUCAUAUGAAGGGGCGGAAGAGUUCCUUGGAGUGAGAGACGCAGCAGACGGCAGCCUGAUCGACCCAGCCCUUCAACAGCAUGCAGCACGGCGUCAAGCAGCAAAAGCCGAGAUCUUGAAGCAGACCAGGUUGGCAGCGGAGGAGCGAAAGCAUCUUCGAAGUGAGCCCAAUCCCAAAGGAGGUGGAAAAGGUGGCAAAGGGGCGGCUGCUAAGGGUGGUUGGUCUCCCCAGGACACCGGGGGGGCUGAUGACACAGUUUUAGGUGUUCAGCAGUUUUCCAAUGCCGCAAAGGCCAGGUUUGGGGAUCUCCUGCCUCUACCCCUUCCUGUGGAUGAAAGUUUUCAAGGUGAGGUGAGCCAUUUGAGAUCCAGGAGGGCAAAGCAGCGUGUUUCAAAACGUCGCGUCCUCAUGGAUAGAGUGAGGGAUUCGGUGUCAGCCAUCAAUCACCUCGCUGGUUUUGUGGAUUCUACAAAGUGGCCCUCCGAGCCUUUGAACCUAGCACAGAGAGAGGCAUUGCAUAGGGUGCGGGGCGCGCAUUUUCAGAGAGCUCCUCCCCCUUUUGCAGAAAGUGAGCAGGCAGCGUUGCGACAGCUGCUGCGUGGAAAGGCAUCGGGAGUCUACGAGGCAACCGACAGUCCGGGGCAAUUGGCGAGCUAUGUGCGGGAUCAACUCUCUUUGCCAUUUGGGCAGGGAGAACCAGCCGACCUUGCUGAGAUGCUUCCUGAGAGAGAAAAGCGGUUUCUGGACGGGUUUGAGGAGCAUAUGUUGUUAAGCCCUGAGGAAAUAGCUGGUGAACAGGAGAAAGGUUUUGACAAGGACAUGUACAUGGACCCACAAAUUGCUAGCAACCCCAAGGCUUACCAUGCUUUCAUCGGUGAUCUGGUGCGGUGCAAUCUUUUAUAUUUUACAACUACACCUCGCUCACAGGUUGGCAUUUUCAUGGUUUCCAAAAAGUCUGGAAAGCAGCGUCUCAUCAUUGAUGCGAGACGUACCAACCGACUGUUCAGGGAACCCCCAACAACUGUGUUAGGAAGCGUGGAAACAUGGAGUCGCAUUGAAGUGGCAAGAGGGUCCAGCAGUAUGUCAUCAGAGCUUUUCGUAGCCCAAGAAGACGUGAAAGACUUCUUCUACCGUUUAAAGAUCACCCGUAAGCUUGGAGAGUAUUUUUCCCUUCCGGUAGUGGAUGGGAAGUUAUUAGAGAAGGAGUUGGGCUAUUUACCAGAAGAGUAUGCACACCUUCAAGAUGUUAGUGCAGCUCCUAUCUAUCCCUGCAUGAAGGUGUUACCUAUGGGUUUUGCUUGGUCUUUCCACUUAGCACAUGAAGCCCAUUGCGAGCUUGCUAGGAGAGUUUUGCCUGAAGUACCUCAACUGCGAGAUCGUUUCGCGACACCGGUACUUGGCAGUGACCCUAUGCGGGGGCAUAAUCCUACAGCCAUGUUAAUCUAUGCAGACAACAACAAUCACAUUGGUUUGGAUAGGGCGGCCGUGUUGAAGGACCAGGAGCGGGUUAUUGGCGUUUUGCAUAGUUAUGGUUUGGAUACCCAUGAAGAGACAGAGGGCGUGAGCCUUGCGGAAAGUUUGGGGGUGAGAAUCAACGGCGUCUCAGGGGCCAUUCAACCUACAGCAAAAAGAGAUUGGCGUCUGGACAGAUCGUUAGCUGCUUUGAUCGCUAGACCGUAUAUCACUGGUGAACAACUACAGGUUAUAGUCGGACAUAUUACGGUUCGGUCGUUAUUACAUCGGGGGCUUAUGGGCAUAUUGCGACACAGCUACACGUUCAUUGAACAAUGCUACAAACAAAAGGUGAGACUUUGGAAGAGCGUGGCUAAUGAGAUUUGGUUGUUUAGAGCAUUGAUGCCUCUGGGUACAGCUGAUGUUUUUGCGGAAUGGGACCCUCAACCUUUAUGCACUGAUGCAUGCCUGUCAGGUUAUGCGGUGAUGGAGGGAGAUCAUACCAGCGCGGAGCUGGCAGUGAUUGGGCGGCAAGACGAGCGCUGGCGCUUCAAGCUGGAUGGAGGACAGAGACGGGCACCGCGGGAGAUAGCGCUAGAACAUGCAGAUCCCCUACAUGAUCCAAACACAGUACUUCCUUCAGUAGACGGUAGAGUAGAGCAGACGCUGGUUUCAGAUCGCAAUUUUCCUGAAGUACCACAUUCUUUCAUGGCAUGUGAAAGGUGGAAGAAAGUUUGGAAUUCACGUAUUUGGCAUCAGGAACCAGUGCAUAUCAUAGAAGCUAGAAGUGUGUUGGGGGCAGUGAAGCAUCGUUGUCGAGAUAGACGGCGACAUGGGAAGCGAAUUCUAGUGCUAAAUGACAAUAUGGGUGUCAUCCUUGCAAUCCAGAAAGGAAGGUGUCACAAUUUCAACCUCAUGCACAUUGUCCGCCGUAUUUCGGCACAUCUCCUCGCAACCGGUGUUCGUUUGGCAGUGAGAUGGGUGCCUUCGGAGUUGAACGUGGCCGAUGAAGACAGUCGGCGGUGGGAGCCGGCCAGACUCCCCAAAGCUGUUCACAGGGCAGCGCCAGAAGAGAGUGGUGAAGUUGUUCACCAAGGAGGAGGUACAGAAGGCCAAUGGGCGAGGCUCAGGGCGGUCAUCAAGUCGGUGGCCGAGAAGAGGAGGAAAGCUCAGGAGAGACAGAGAAAAUACGAGAAGAGGCUGAGAGCCACCCAUGGACAUGGAGAGAGAAGUUUGUUGGAAAUGGGCAGUGUGAAGAAAGCACAGAGGCUGGAUUAUGCGAAGAGGCUAGAGCAAUUCUAUCUUUUCGUCGCUCACUACCAGCUCCCCGUCUCGGACGAGAAGGAGUUGGACGAAGCCUUGUGCGACUAUGCAGACUUCCUCUAUCUGGACGGCAAUGGUCACGAUGCAGGAGAGAAGUUGAAGGCGGCACUGGAGUUCGAGAGACCAGAGGCUUCCCGGCACGGCGACCUGAAGCUCCCACGUUUUCGCCGAGCCAUGAAAGGAUGGCGGAAGAUGGCUCCAUCGCAGACACGUCUUCCCAUGAUAGAGUUCAUCAAGGGGGCAAUCAGUGCGGUGAUGCUGGAUCGAGGCUGGAAGGAAAUGGCCCUAUACAACGAAGUGUCGUUUUCAACUUAUGCACGACCAGGAGAACUGAUCAGAGUUCAGGUGGCAGAUGUUGUGAGCAGGAACAAGGAUUACGAUCACGAUGUGAUCAUCCUGAGCCCCUUCGAAAGACAGGAGGGCAGCAAAACGGGCAUCUACGACGAGGUGUUGAUUCUGGACGAUCUGAGAAUGACAUGUCUGGGGCCGCUAGUUGUAGAGCUCGCCAAAGAGAAAGAAAGGAAAUACGGGGCAGAUUGCCCGUUGUGGGGCUUCAACUCAAGCCAAUACCUCAAGGUGUGGAGGGCGUGUGUCCGGAGCUUGGAUGUAGAAAACCUGGCACAAUCACCUUAUCAAAAUCGACACGGCGGAGCCUCUCGCGACCACCUGUUGAGAUUGAGGAGUGUGCCAGCGAUACAAAGGAGGGGGCGUUGGGCAGCAGACGCCAGCGCCAGAAUUUACGACAAGCCAGGCAGACUGCAGCAGGCGAUCAACUCGGUGAGCGACAAGUACAUGAAGUUGGGCGAGGAGAUGCGUGUGCAUUUCGCAACUUACUUCCGAGGUGGGAAAGUCCAACUACCAGUGGCACUUCGGAGAGCAGUUCUGCAGAAUUUCAAGGACUGA